AUGAGCUUCGGAUUUGGGGUGGGUGAUAUUGUCGCAGUCCUGACAUUGGCGAAUCAACUGCGGAGUGAUUUUGUUGGCGCUCCAGCUCAGUUCAAAGGUAUAUCAGACGAUGUCCGGAACUUGUCAAUUAUUCUCCAAGAUGCCGACAUUCAAUUACCAGAUCACACCCUCGAGGACAGUCAGCGAAAAAGGCUGGCGCAAAUCACCCAUACAUGUGAAAAGAUCUUGCAAGAAUUAGAGCGAGAAAUUGGGAAACAUCGUGUUGUCACAUAUACCGGCACAGCCAUCCAUAAAAGAGUGACCUGCGCGUGGAAAAGAGUGUCUUGGAACAAAGAAGACUUGUCCGAGCUUCGAGAUCGCCUGGCCUUUCAGAUGAGCCUGUUACAAGCUUACCUUGAUGGAAUCUCAAGACAGACAACAGCAGCGAUAAGACAGAGUCUGGGCCAAAUCAGUCGUCGGCAGAAGAAUGAAGAAGAAUCCGAAAUCUUGCAAUGGCUCACUUCAGCCGACUAUAUCUCCCAGCAAGGUGAUCUCAUCGAGAGGCGACAACAAGGGACUGGACAGUGGCUACUCGAUUUGACAGAGUAUUCACAUUGGAUUGAAACCGCACAAGCGAGUAUAUUCGCUCAUGGCAUGCCAGGUGCCGGAAAGACCAUCUGCUCUGCUAUCAUCAUAGAUGAUUUAUUCCGCCGAUUCGAGCACAGAGAAGACAUCAGCAUUGCAUACCUUUACUGCAACUUCAAACAACGAGAUGAGCAGAACAUCCGGGAUCUACUCGCCAGUUUGCUGAAGCAAUUGUGCCAGAAGAUGUCCGCGCUACCAGAGUCCGUGAAAGAGUUUUACAAUCAUCACAAGGGCAGCUCCAUACGUCCGCGGCCCGAUAAGUUCUCGCAGGUCUUGUGCUCGGUCGCUUCAAUGUAUUCGCGUGUAUUCAUCGUCAUUGAUGCCCUCGAUGAGUGCGACUCAAGAGAUGAUUGCAGAGCCAGACUUCUUGAAGAAAUGCUCAAACUGCGUAUCGAAGCCCGAGUGAACUUGUUUGCAACUUCAAGGCCCACAGAGGUCCCUCAGUGUUUCGAAGAAGGCCCAUCGCUAGAAAUACGAGCCACUGAGGAAGAUGUGCGAAAGUAUCUUAAGGGAAAUUUGUCUCCACUUCCCAAGUUUGUUGGUCAGAAUGUGCAGCUGCAGAAUGACAUCGAGAACGUCAUUUCUGCUCGAGUGCAAGGAAUGUUCUUGCUUGCGCAGCUUCACCUGGACUCCUUAAAAGGCAGAAGAUCAGCAAAGUCGAUUCGAAGCGCCCUUGAAAGGCUGUCAGAAAAAUCAGAUCACCAUGCCUAUGAUGACGCAUACGAUGAGGCUAUGCAGCGGAUCAACGCACAGCUUCCAGAGCAGCAAGAGCUGGCAAUCCAAAGUCUGUCCUGGAUCACCUUCGCAAAGAGGCCACUCACCGUGUUGGAACUCUUGCAUGCACUUGCCAUUGAGAAAGGUACAUCAGAACUUGAUCCAGACAAUAUUCCACUCAUUGAGGAUGUUGUUUCUGUGUGUGCUGGACUCCUGAACACGGAAGGUGAGGUUAUUCGUUUAGUACACUAUACAACCCAGGAAUACUUCGAGAGAACGCAUGCACUCUGGUUUUCAACGUUCUCUGAGGCCGAGAUCAGUGACCUCUGCGUGACAUAUCUUUUGUUCGAUGAUUUCUACACAGUCUCAGGCGAAAGCAAAAGCGAACUCGAAAGUCGAUUCCUCGUAAAUCCACUCUACGGCUACGCCGCAUUGAAUUGGAAAAGACACGCUCAAGGUUCUCAAAGCGUUAGCGCAGAGAUGGUCCAAUUUCUAGAGCAUGAUGCAAAGAUUGAAUGCUCGAUGCGCAUGGCGACAUAUUCUUACAGGGGAGAGAAAUCCCUCCAUCUUGCAGCUCAUUAUGGACUUGAAUGUGUCAUUCCCUUGCUUCUUAAACGUAAUCACGACGUGGAGAUGCGAGACGUGGAUGGUUCCACACCAUUGAUUCAUGCGUCAUUGGGUGGUCAUCCGUCGACGGCCAAACUACUUCUUGAGAAGGGAGCGAACGUGAAUGCAUUCGAUCAAGAUGGUAGAACUGCUUUAUAUUGGUUCUCUCACCAUGGACACACAGAAAUGGUGAAACUUCUUUUGGAUCUCAGUGCACCCGUUGAUCCCAAAGAUCCCGAUUGUGAUACAGCACUCAUGGCAGCUUCUGCACAAGGUCGAUUAGAAGUUGUUAACCUACUUCUCUCACAAGGGGCAGACAUCAACAGAACGGAUGACAUCUUCGGAAGCUCUCUGGAUCGUGCGUUGAACGAUGGUCACUUUAACAUACUCCAAGUCCUCUUGGAUGGCGGUGCUGUUAUAACGGAAGAAUCAAUCGAAAGUGCCUCGAGAGGAUUAUCAGUGGGCCUUCUGAAAGCUUUCUUUGACAAAGCGAAGGAAAGAUCCAAUGAUAUGGUGGUUGAUUGUGGCAGAGCGCUUUACUUUGCCGCUUUGCGAGGAGACCUUUCGCUAGUCCAAGUGUUGACAAAUAACGGGGCGGACCUCAACAUGAAUUCUUUGUCGUUUGGGGAGACACCACUGGCUGUGGCAUCACAUAAGGGAGACAUUGAAAUUGUUCGACAUUUCCUUGACCUCGGCGCUGAUGUUAAUGGGCCUAGUAGCACCUGGGGUUCUGCGCUCCUGGCAGCCGCCCGCAGAGGCCACCAAGAAAUCGUUCGAAUUCUGUUGGAACACAGACCGAAUCCCGCUGUCAGGGGUAGGGAGCGAAGGACGGCUUUUGAACUUGCUAAGCAUCUUGGGUAUCACGAGAUUGCCGACAUGGUGGAAAAAUAUGUGUUGCAACUAAAACCCUGA